AUGGCCUUAAAUUCUAGCUCCUUUGAGGAGUACCUGUGUUGUCCAGUUUGCAGGGAUAUUUUUCAGGAUCCAGUUCUGUUGUGGUGUUGUCAUAGUUUUUGCAGCAUGUGUCUGAGGCUGUACUGGGAGCACACAGAGUCUCAGAUCUGUCCGCUCUGCAGGCGGACCUUCUCCAUGGACCACAUUCCCACCAACCUCGCCCUGAAGAACCUGUGCGAGGUCUUCCUACAGGAGAGAAGUCAGAGAGCUUCAGCAGGGUCUGAGGAGUUCUGCCAACUGCACAGUGAGAAACUCAAACUCUUCUGUCUGGAUGAUAAACAGCCUGUGUGUGUGGUGUGUCGAGAUUCAGAAAAACACACAAACCACAACUUACGACCUAUCAGUGAAGCAGCAUUACAGUUAAAGUGUGAAGUCAGAACUGAACUUCGGGUCCUGCAGAAGAGACUCCGAGUCUUUCAAGAAGUGGCAUCCUCACAGAAUCAAACUUUACAGCACAUACAGGCCCAGGCUCAGAACACAGAGAGACAGAUUAAAGAGGAGUUUGAGAAACUUCAUCAGUUUCUACGAGAUGAAGAGGAAUCCAGGAUAGCUGCACUGAGGGAGGAAGAGGAGGAGAAGAGUCAGAUGAUGAAGGAGAAGAUUGAGGAGAUGAGAAAAUGCAUAUUGUCACUCACAGACACAAUCAGUACAAUGGAGUACUGGAUGCAGCUGGACAAUGCAGCCUUUCUCCAGAAAUACAAGACAACAGCAGACAGGUCCCAGUGCCCACUGAGGGAUCCAGAGAUGGUUUCAGGAUCACUGAUCAAUGUGGCAAAACACCUGGGUAACUUGAAGUUCAGAGUCUGGGAGAAGAUGCAGGAGAUUGUUCAGUACACUCCUGUGAUUCUGGACCCCAACACAGCUCAUCCAGAUCUGUACCUGUGUGAGAGUCUGUCCAGUGUGAAAUUCGGUGAGGAAGGCCAGCAGCUCCCUGGUAACCCAGAGAGAUUUGACGACUAUUCCAGUGUCCUGGGCUCUGAGGGCUUUGAAUCAGGCUCCCACUGCUGGGACAUUGAGGUUGGAGACAACACGGCCUGGGCAGUGGGAGUCAUCACAGAGUCUGUCUAUAAGCACAGAGAGAAUCAAUCCCAAUGUGGGUUUUGGCAAGUGGGUUUUUAUAAUGGCAAAUAUGGUAAAAGUCAUUCAGAAGAGGUAUUCACCCCUCUUAGAGUGGAACAGAAAGUCCAGAGGAUCAGAGUCCAGCUGGACUGGGAGAAAGGGAAAAUGAUCUUCACUGACUCUGGACACAACACCUGUCUACACAUAUUCAAACACAACUUCACUGAGAGAGUCUUCCCAUACUUCUACAAUCACUGCAAACUUCAUCCUCUAAAGAUUUUACCUGUAAAACCGUCCAUCUCUGUGGAGCUACACAGCUAG